UAUAAACCUUGUUAACCCUCAGCUUUGUGUGUGCUUCCAGAACAAAUGGUAAUAUGUUCAUCCUCCAACCUUGUUACAUUGACUGCUCAUUCUGAUCUAGGUGUUGGUUUGACUUCCAGAGGUCAUGCAAGAAUAUAGUCUAGUCUACCUAUGUAAUUUGGCAUCUAUAUUUUGGUACUAAGCUUGGUUUUAUAGUUUGAAUUUAAAUGCAUUGUAAUAGGCCACGUGCUGUAUCACUGGAUUAUAAAUGACCCACCAUAAUACAACUAGUUGUAUGCCAGGUGAGAUUGCAAGGAGUGAAAAUGUAAACAAGCUCAUACAGAAGAGGGCAUUGUUACACUAGGUGCCGACGGGAGACGUGCUGGCAUGUAACCUCAGAGUAUUUUGUCACCCUGGGUGAUAAACUGAAGUUAAGGUAAGAGGACUAUCAGCCAAAGAAAGAACAUGGGCCUACUACUACAUUUGUAUCAUCUCUCAGAUGUUAUAUUCAUACUGAUGACCAUCUGGAUAAGAAAGGAUACUAAUGAAAAAGCAAUCAUGGGGCCAUCUGGCUUACUGGUCCUUUUUCUAUGGACAUUACAUAUCUUUUAUGCCAUUUUAUAGACCUGACUGCUAGUUAUGCCUGUAUUGUAUUGAUGAUGUGAAUGGCUGUGUGUGUGGUGUGUCAUUGCGGUUUGGUUGUGGUAUGCUGUCAUAUUGUUGCUGCAGAUUUAGUGCUCAAGUAAUUGCCCCUAAGAGAAACAUUUUGAUUGGAUAGAAAAAUAUAAUGUAUGAAUUUGAUACAACUUAAAUAUUCCAUUCUAUAAAACAAAUUUGGUCAGAUUGGCAAUAUAUGAAGUGCAUUUGUUGCAUUUGAACUGGAGUGAAGGCAGUCGGGUAGGGAUGGUGGAUGGUAGUUGGAGCUGGAAAAGCGUUGCGGUAGCUUUCGAUGAAGAGGAACAUCAAGACGAAGCAGCUGCUUUAUAAGUGGGAUGCGCUGUUGAGCGCUACAUCCUGAGGGGUCCGUGCUGAUUGUACUGAGAUUGUGACAGCCGGUUAAAUGGCGUCCCUUGAGGAGGCAAGCACACGAUGUAUGUCAGGAGAAGUCCAGUAUUGUCAUAAUGAGUAUACUUGGAAUGUGGAGGGAAAAUGAGAGGCAGAUGAGGUCUGAGAGAGAGAGAGGGGGAGCUCGAUUCGGUUAAAAUUGCGGGGGAAAUGGUUUGUUAAAGAAGAAUGGUAGAAAGUAUAAGCAGCGUGAGCUGAAGACAGGAGGAGAAAUGGAAGUGAAUGAGGUCGUAGUAUCGGAGGUGGUAGGUGUGAUGUUCUCGGAGCCCGAGGCUUGCACCGAGGGUCAGGAUAAAGAUGAGUCCGUGACCGUAGGAGUGAAGUUUUGGGAAAAAGUGGACCCUUGCCUUUUGGCGGAUCCAUUUGUGGUUUCGUGGUGGGUGAAUACAGAGUUUGGUGCUGUGGAAUCGGGGAGGGUAAACAAAGUGGUCUGGUGAUAAUUGUUUGUUUCUGCUGGUCAGAGGGAGAAGGUGCUCAACUUUAAACGAAUUGGGGCAAAAAAUGUGAAUUGUUUUGCUCCCAAGAAAAGGGGGCAAUUGAAAGGAGUGAUUACUGGGGUAGCAUUACAUGUAAAAGUUGAUCAACUGAAGGGGAAAUUUCCCAGUGUUUGAUGCUCGUCGUUUGGUACAACGCAAACGGUGGCAUGAGUGGUGAAACAGAAGUCACUGCCUGUUCUUUUGAGUUUGAUGUCUUUUCCUGACAAAGUUAUGUUAGUGUAUAUAUAAGUUGUCCUGUACAAGCUUUUGUGCUAAAUACAUUACGUGUUACAGGUGUCAAGCUUAUGGGCAUGUGGCAGCAGUGUGUAGGAGGGAGGGUCCAAGGUUUGCAGAAGGGCAUGAGACAAGGGAAUGUUUAGCAUUUUUUAGCAUUGGGAAAAGUAGUGAUAUAUGUUAAUUGUAGGGGUGCCCAUGGGGCUGGGGAUCAGAAAUAUCCUGUGUGAGAGAGCGAGGUUGAGGUUUCCAUGGUUGUCAUAUGCUGAGGCAGUGAAGAAAGUAGAGGAAGAUGGGUCGAGGGAGGGAUCCUGAGGAGUGGUAUGCAGUUGAUCUGUACCGGGGGAUCGGUCAACAAGUUAUAUAUGUUUCAGUAAGAUUGAAUUUUUAGCAUUCAUAGCAAUGGUUAUGAACUGUACUGCAGGGAUGGAACGUUAAGUCUCAGAAAAUUGAGGAUGUGGUGGCAGCUGCAGAGUUAUUUGGGUGUGAGAGACUUGACAUCAGAAGAGUUACAUGGUGUGUUAAGUGGUGGUGUCCCAUCCUUUCAAGUUGUUGACAUGGGGUAGGACUAAAUAGAUUAAAAUAGUGGGGUAGGGUGGUUUUAUUGAAUUGAUAUUUACAUUUUCUAUUCUUUUCCAAUUUUAUUUAAAAAUAAUUGUGUUUCUGGGUGUAGUGGUAGGGUCUUUUAUUUGGUUUUACAUUUGUGUUGGUAGGUAGUCUAGUGGUUAGAUUGUUGAGCCAGUAACCGAAAGGCUGAUGGAUUGAAUCCUCGAGCUGACAAGGUAAAAUAAUGUCGUUCUGCCCCUGAACAAGGCAGUUAACCCACUGUUCCCCGGUAGGCCGUCAAUGUUAAUAAGAAUUUGAUCUUAACUGACUUGCCUAGUUAAAUAAAGGUUAAUAAUGUUUAAAGCAAUGGUCAAGGGGGUUGUACUCCAGUAUAUAGUAGCGGUAAUGCAACAUCUAGUGGAUGCCAAACGCCGUUAAACCUCAUCGAAGAAGAAAAAUAAGCGUUUGAAAUUGAUCUGAGCUCCCAAUUCGUCAUUUGGCUAGUGCUGUCUGGAUUGGGGAUUGAUUAAUUUUGUCCGACGCCAGCAGGGGACUCAGGAAAUGUUUCAAACUCGAUUCGAUUGUAGCGAUUUUCUACAGUAAAACAAACGUCAGUCGGUCGAUAAGCUACAGAAAAGUAAGUAUGUCGCGGUUAUUUUACUCGCCAUUCAAGCGUCUUUGUGUCAAGUGUAAAGAUUGUCCUGCAGUGACCGCGCGCUGCUAUUCAUUUUUGUUGACUCCAAUUCGGUGCCCCCAGCUGUCAAAACAACCGACCUUUGUCGUGUUACAACAGCAGCAGAGAAAAUGUUUCGGACCUUCACGCCUAACUUCUCGGUUUUACUCAAGGUCAAAGUUUUGGAUUGGGGGGAUAGGUGCGGGCAUUGUUUUAGCUUUGGGAUUGAAAUAUCACACUGACAUAGCUGAGCUCUCAUGUGAAGAGGACUUCCAACAUACUGGAAGAUAUGGUGCUGCCAUUCAAGUUAGCAGAGACCUUGUUCAGCGGAUAAAGGAUGAGGUUGGAGCUCCAGGGCUGGUGGUCGGUGUGUCUGUGGAUGGCUCUCAAGUCUGGUGCGAAGGACUUGGCUAUGCUGACUUAGAGAACCGUGUGCCCUGUGGACCAGAGACAGUGCUGAGGGUCGCCAGCAUCAGUAAACCCCUAACUACAGCAGCAGCAGCCCGCCUGUGGGAGGAGGGGAAGCUUGACCUCGAUGCCCCUGUCCAGAAAUACGUCCCUGAGUUCCCCCAAAAACAGUUUGAGGGAGAAGAUGUGACAAUAACUCCACGGUUGAUUCUCUCUCAUCUGAGUGGCAUACGGCACUACGAGAAGGAUGCCAAGAAAGUGAGGGAGGACAGGGAGAAGGCCAAACGACCUUUAAAACUGCCUGGUGAAGAGGAAAAGAGCUUGUCUGAAAACAAACCCAAGACCGAGGACAGCAGCACCAAGAGCAAGGAAAACAAACCGGCUCAGAAGAAAAAAGAGUUUGAGCAAGAAGAGUACUACCUGAAAGACAGCUUUGAAAGUGUCAUUCAUGCCUUGGACCUGUUCAAAGACGACACUCUCGUUUUCAAACCUGGCACCACCUUCCUGUACUCAACCCACGCCUUCACCCUCCUCAGUGCCGUGGUGGAGAGAGCUGCUGGCCAGCACUUCCUGGAUCACAUGAUGAAGAUGUUCAGGGAACUGGGCAUGCUCAACACUGUGCCAGAUGAGAAUGACCCCAUUAUCUAUAACCGCUCAAGGUUUUAUCAUUUCAAUAAGAAAGGACGCAUAGUAAACUGCCCUUACGUGGAUAAUUCUUAUAAAUGGGCAGGAGGUGGCUUUCUCUCCACUGUGGGAGACAUGCUCCUGUUUGGGAAUGCUCUGCUCUUCAGCUACCAAGUGGCCAACCUGAAGGACUGCACAGACCUCCUGCCUGGCUUCCUCAAACCAGAGACAGCCCAGGCUCUGUGGGCCCCUGUGGACAAGACGGAGGCCUCCUGGGAUAAGGAUGGGCUGUAUGCACAGGGCUGGCUGGUGGUGGAGAAGGAGCAGAAGUAUGGGCAAUGCAGGAGGCGCAGGCAUUAUGUCUCACACACUGGGGGCGCCGUGGGGGCCAGCAGUGUCCUGCUGGUUUUGCCCCGCAAGACAGUCCAGCAUCCAGAAGGACUGACUACAGCCCUACCUCGGGGAAUAGUGGUGACCAUCAUCACUAACAUGCAGUCUGUGGGACUCAACAGCACAGCACUGAAAAUCGCCCAUGAGUUUGACAAAGCCAGAGGCUAAUAAGAGUUAUAAUAAUAAUAAUAACGUAGAAUGUAUGCACACAUGACUGUAAGUCGCUUUGGAUAAAAGCGUCUGCUAAAUGGCAUAUAUUAUUUAUUAUUAUUUAUUAUUAUUAAUAAGAGUUCAUAUUCUUUACAAAUAUAGAGGGUUAAAACUACUGCAAAGUGUCAAGGCACUACAAUAUCUUUACUAAUGGCAGUGGAUGAAUGAUUUAUCAGCAGCACUCUUUUGUAUAUUUGAAUUUGAUACUGCUUUUUAUACAUUUCAGCCCGUUUUGUUGAGUAAUAAAAGACCAUGUUCGA